AUGCCAUACGAACCAUACCAAGAACAAUUAUUACAAAAUAACAAGUGGAAUGAAGAAGAGAAUGCAAAUUACAAGGAUUAUAAAGAUUAUAAUGAUUAUGAUGAAAAUAUCUGUGAUUGCAGCAAAUGUGGUGAUCUGAAACCCGGUUGCCUAAAUGCAUGCCCCAAUUGCAUGUCCACACCACAACCUCUCAUGCCUCAAAAUUAUUUCAUACUCCCAUUCCCAUAUCCAUACCCAAUGACGGCGAAGGAAACCGCUGCACCCGUUCAUAAAGAAACUCAAAGAACAACCACAACUACAAUCGCAACGACAACAACAACAAUAACUACAACAACAACAGAAGCUCCAACAACAAACAAAGAAACAACAGAAAUUGUUACCGAAGCAACAACUGAAACUUCUAUGGAAACUGACAUGACGAUGUCUCCAUUUCACGUGAUCUCGAAGCGACCCUACUUGAUAACGUGUCUAAGAAAAACAAAACCCAAUUGGAUGCCAAAAUACGGUAUAGUUCCUAUUUCUGAUACAUUCGCUGAAAAAAUUAUGCUUCAACUGAGAGACAUGAAAGUAUUACAUCCCCGUAGAGACGUAGCUAGAAAAGAAGCUACGUAUCCAUUACAGUAA